CCAAGCUCUCGUGUCUGCAGAAAAUAAGUAAAAAACAGAAAAAUGGACUUGAGAAAAUCAAUGGAGAAGCAAAACGACGUGGUGGUAAAACUAGCGAAUCAUGUCAUUACUACCGUUGCCAACGGCUGCAACCUUGUCUUCUCACCAACGUCAAUCAACGUUUUGCUCAGCAUCAUUGCUGCCGGCUCUAGUUCCGUCACCAGAGAACAUAUCCUCUCAUUCCUCAACUCACCGUCAACGGAUCACCUCAACACAAUCUUGUCCGAGAUUGUAUCUGUUGCCCUUAGGGAUUCUGAUGAUGAUAGCAAAAGCUCUGAUUUGCGCUUGUCAGUAGCCAAUGGUGUAUGGAUCGACAAGUCUCUCUCCUUGAAGCCUUCCUUUAAGGAGCUUUUGGAGAACUCCUACAAGGCUACUUGUAGUGAGGUUGACUUCUAUAACAAGCCUGUUGAAGUGAUUGAUGAAGUGAAUACAUGGGCUGAAGUCCACACCAAUGGAGUCAUAAACAAGAUUUUAUCACGCGAUGCUGUUGAGGAUAUCCGUGAAAGUACACUCAUACUUGCAAAUGCAGUGUAUUUUAAAGGAGCUUGGAGCGAAAAAUUCGAUGCAAAGUUGACAAAAGAUGAGGAUUUUCACCUUCCUGAUGGCACCUCUGUGAAAGUCCCCUUCAUGACAAGUUACAAGGACCAAUACUUAAGAUGCUAUGAUGGUUUCCAAGUUCUGCGUCUUCCCUAUGUAGAAGAUCAACGUCAAUUCUCCAUGUACAUUUAUCUCCCUGAUGACAAAGACGGAUUGCCUACUCUGCUUGAGAAAAUAGGCUCGGAACCAGGUUUUCUUGAUAACCAUAUUCCAGACUACCAAAGAGAAUUGGAUGCUUUCAGAAUUCCAAAGUUUAAGUUCUCUUUCGAGUUUAAAGCUUCGGAUGUUUUGAAGGAUAUGGGCUUGACUUCACCCUUUCGUACUCUUGGAGGUGGUUUAACAGAGAUGGUUGAUUCUCCUAUCAUCGGUGAGAAGCUAUACGUCUCAGAUAUUAUUCAUAAAGCUUGCAUUGAGGUGGACGAAGACGGAACUGAAGCUGCUGCCGUGUCUUUAUGCGUUAUACGUGCCACGUGUUUGAGGAAAAAUCCAGAUUUUGUAGCUGACCAUCCAUUUCUAUUCACGGUUAGAGAAGACAAGAGUGGAGUUAUUUUGUUCAUGGGUCAAGUUCUUGAUCCUUCAAAACAUUGAUUGAACUUGCUGGUGGUGUGUGGAGAAAACAUUAAACCAAAAUCAUGUGUUAUUUUAUAUAUUUAAUUGUUGGUUAUAUAUUUCGAUGAUGGAAUUGGGUUUGUAAAGCUAGCAACCGACUUUGCUGGCUCG